GAAGAAACCCUCCCCACACUCAUUCCUCAGUCUUUAUUCCACGGCAGCAACAAAAUAUUUGCACUGGCAGAAAAGUAAUGAGUAUGCCUAGUGCCAUGACUCGAAGAUCAGAAGUAAAAAUAGACCCAACAGGUAGCAAUCCCAGAAAACGGAAGCGACAAGAAUCCCAAAAGCGAGAGCUGCCCACUCGGCAUUCCUUGCUUACCGAUGUUGCUGUUGCUGAUCUCGAAGAUGCGCAUACAAAAUUGAAUCAGCCGCAGUUUAAUGGCCACACCAUCAUACGAAUUUUGCGUGAUGGAAGUCAACUUGAUGGUUGUCAGACUCUUGCAGAUGGGCAAGGUAUGGCGCAAGCAAGUGCACAAAGCCGAUCGGAGCUACAAACCGAGAUAAAAGUGCCAGCAUUUCGAGUGAUCGACCAUAAAAUUCCUGCUGCUUCUAAGAAGACCGCCCAAAAAUUACCGGUGACAGAAGACACGGAUGAUGAGGCGUAUCUCCGGAGACAUCGCAAACACGAAAUGGCGGAAAAAAAGCUGAAAAAUCGCGAAAAGGAGCGGCUGCGGUACGAUAUGCAACAACAAAUGCGACUUGUCGAUAGAUUAAAAAGCAUGAACCGAACCAAUUUGUUAGCGACGUUAUCGUCACGGCUUCGCCGCGAUGGCAUUGGCGAGUUGGACGAAGCAGAGAUUAAAUCCCUUCACCAGCGCAUGAUUCGAGAAGCGGAAGAACUUUUGAUGCGGUAUGAAGCGCUUGGUCUGUUGCCUGGCAAGCAAAAAAUUGUAUAUACCACCAUUGCGAAGCCUGUCAAUGAGACCCACCGAAUGCCUGAGCUAGAUCCAGCCACACCACCACUUACUCCACCAGCCAGUGUUCCAGAAGUACUGCCGCUCAAACCCAAAUCUCAAAGCAAAAAGGGAACGAAGGUACCGGACCAAGCUGAUCCGGGAGUUCGAGAAAAAGAGACUACAAUCAUUAAACCCAAAAAGCCUUUGAAACGAAUACCGAAGACCACCGUCACAGACAACCAAAAGCAACAACUACCAGAUGAGAAAAAGAAGUAUAAACGGAAAUUUCGGUUUUCAAAAUCUGUUCCUUCCAUUAAGCAACAAGAGUUUUCUUUACCUACUGAUGACUUUGGGGAAUUAAUGAGCGGUCGUAAUUCAUGAUGGACGAAACUGCGAGCAAGCCUGGUAUGCUGGCCUGCAACCAUGAUACGAUACGGUAACCACAACUUGUAAACAUAGCCAAAAUACAUCGUUUCAAUAAAUUAUUUACUUUCGCAAUUCUUUUCUCAC